CACAUGCACUCGAGCACAACAACACGACACAAAUAAACAGCACCCUCUGGAACGGGUGACGUCUUCCAAGCUCGAACCAAGGCCCUCGUCAAGGGAACGAUCGCAUCACCCCUAUGUCGGGUAUACCGCGCUCCCACACCCCGGCGGGCGGUUCGCGCCUCAGCACUGUUCCGUCGCAGAAACCACGCCAGCUCUCACACCUACAAGCGCAACUCGCGCAGUUGACGGCGAAUAUGUCGGAUCUGGAGAGCCUGAUGCGUAUGACGGCUGGCCAGGCGCAGGACAUGCGUGGGUUAGGUGGCUAUGCUGGUGCCAUGUUCAUGGCAGCGAGCAAAGUCUUGGGUGAAGAGACGGUCAAGGGUGGAGGCAGUGAUAAGGAAGGGAGAGAGGGAGAUAAGUGAGGCUGCAGAGCGAUUAUGCAGUAUAUCCCACCAACACCUCGAGAGCGAUACCACGAUACGACCCUGCAAACAACGCGCCGCGGAGAUGCAUCGAAACUAUCUGCACGAAACGAUAAUGGCGGAAGAGAUAGGAAGGGAACAUGUCCGCGAGGAAGAUACAGCAUCCUUGUCGGCAAGCAAUCGAAUGGGACAGGUAAUGGGAACAAAUCUCGCGUCUGAUGCACCCAUGAUACUCAGAGAUAGGCCUCACUACAAGACAUGUACAUUGGCCAUAAACACGCGACGCGUCGUGGUGCACGGUUGUGCGCCGGUGUAGAUAUCCAGCAAUGUACUCAGAUACGGCAAUUCGAUAUAAGACUUGCCAGCCUCCCGUCACUUCUCCAU